AUGUCUUCCCCACCUUCAGAGGACCAUGAUAAUGGUCUGGCAGACGUAGAGCCUGGUAUAUUCCAGGACGCUCCUGAUGAUGCCAAUUUCGCGGACUAUUUGGGUCCUGCUGCUGAGGAACCAAGAUCCUCCCCUCUACCUGACGUACACGUGGAGUUUUUUGGGCCCAGAGAUUCACUCUAUCGAAAUCACCAUACCCUUUUGGACGGUCGCCCAUGUGACAAGCAUGGAAAUUUUCUUCCUGACGGCACACCCCCUCCGCCUGCUGAGCCCAGGUCAUGCAAUGACUGGACCCCAUUGAGAAACUGUGUCGAAUUCGAAAACAGCCGAGUUUCUCUACAUUCAAAACCAGAUGUCAGCUAA